AUGUCCGGCGCCGCAGCUGCCUUGCACAGCGACCAUAUUAACCUCUUGGUAUUCCGCUAUCUUCAGGAAAUAGGCUUUGAGAACGCUGCCACCGCCUUCUACACCGAUUGGCACCGCCCGCAGGAAUUCCGCGAUCCCGAGACAUACCCAUUCGCCCCGAGCGUUCAGCGCAAUGAGCUGGUCUCAGUCAUCCAGACUGGCCUGUCCUACGACGAGCUACAAGCACGCAUCCGCAAGCAGGAGAGACGAUUCAGGUGGACGGGCGCAGAUGCGCGUGACAGCAUAGAACGGCAAGAGAGGGGCGUGGAGAAUGGCGCCGCGUCGAGGCCUUCCUCAAGCAGCAGGCGCAAGGCUCGCGCCCCGGGUGCGAGACCUCUGGAUGACUUCGCGACACCAGCUCCCAAGCGUCAGCGGAGGAGCGAAGGUAGCGAAGCACGCGUGAACGGUGAUCGGGAUGCCAUGGAUGUCGACGCCACUUCUGGGGAUGCCGAGGCGGAGACAGAGGGCGACGCUGCGUCUCCCACCGUCCAGUCUGAACCAGAACCAAUGGAGGAAGUGCAACGCUACGAUAGCAUGGAUGUUGCAACUCAGACUGAAAUCAAAGCUGGCCCGAAGACGAGCACUAUCUACUGGAAAGUCGACAAGCCAGCCGCCAACAUUCUGCACAGUACAUGGAACCCAGACUCGAAUCCAAAGAACACGAGGACUCUCUUGACAGUCGGAGACUCCAUCUGUCGCUUCUACCAAGUUCCUGAUACCAUUGAUGACGCAGGACAGGUAAGUUUUCAAGAUGUCUUGGCGCGUGGCUGUGCCAGCCUCACUUGACAGAACUGACGAGCAAUUAUUUCAGAUCACACACGUGGACGAACCAGCAUUACCAGUCGGCACUACUGUAACCGCGAGUACAUGGCGGCCAGAUGGAUCGGGAGCAAGCUGUGCUUUCAAUGGAAUCCGGGAGCUCCCUGACGGAACCAACGUCGCGUCGCACAUGCUAAUAGAGCAUCAUCGGGAGAAAGGAGCGAUCUGUUUCCAGAUCGAGCCUCAGCUUUUGGAUCCUCCUGGGGUCGUACUGGGCUUGCGGUACAGUCCAAACACGGCUUACCUGCUAGUAGCGAUAACGAACGGCCAACGAGGCUUGGUGCAGAUCUGGAAGACCCCACGCGAUGGUGUCGUGCUGUCUAAGACGCAGCGAGAGCCAAUUGCCUGGAGGGUAUUCGAGAAUGUGCUUCUCGAUGUCACGUGGAUCGAGGACGACAUGUUUCUGGCUUGCGGCGCAGGCGGCCUCUCGGCAAUGUAUCAAGUUGACCAAAGUCGGCAGCGGGAGAUUGCUGCUGUGGAGCCCGGCACGGUCGCGAUGCGAGGCCUGAUCUCGCACAACUCUAGUAUCCUCCCUGACACGCGUGACUGGGACAAGGUUCGUUGGGACGGGCAACAUCAGAUUGCAGUAUUCGCUUCGAGUCUGGAAAAGAAGAUGAUUAUUUGCCCUCGAUUACGGAGCAGUGAAGGGAGUGCGCAAAGGGACCAGGAAGUUGAUCUGCCAGAAGAACCCACGGCUAUUGCGUUCAAGCCAUGGGAAAGACCAACACAUGAUGCCAUUUCUACGGCAGAUCAAGAGAGCCCGAGUCUCCUGGCAGCUGCCUUUGUCGAUGGCACCUGCGUGGUUUACAGCAUCAAUCGAUCUGCCGAUACGGGAGCCAAAUAUAGCGAGCUAAUCUCGCUGUCACUUGAUGACGGGCCAGCCCUGGCUGUGGCAUGGUCGCCAAGUGGACGAUACCUUGCCGUUGGAAACUCUGAGCUGGUGCAGAUCUGGUCAGCUGACUUACUGAGACGUCAGAAUGGCGUACGACAUGCACCUCAAGCCUCAGUCAUUUGGCGACCAGCUUCAGAAGUCAAUGGAGUCACGAAUGGACAAAGCCAGGAUGACAAAAUGCCAGAGCCGAGCCUCAGCUGGAGCGCUGAUGGUGAAAGCUUGGCGUAUGCUGUGGACAAGCAGGUAAGCUAUCGAAUGCGCUCAUUGGAUGUCCAUCCGUAGGCUAAACUUCUCACAGAUCGCCGUCAUACGCUUCAGACCAGCUCUGAAUGGCGCUGCUCAAGAAAACGAACCAAACGGCAGACUCAGCCCUUGA